AUGGCAGCGGGGAGAGAGGUUCAUUCCUUCGAGCCUUCGACGAUAAAUGAAUCAUCGCAUCGAUGUCUCGCUGUGAUUCAUCAUUUUCGAGAGCAUGCCGAAUCAGCCGAUCGAGUAGAGAAGGUCUUAAAAAUUAUGGAGACCCGGGUCAAUGAUAUGGGCGACCUUGCUGCGUGGACUAAUAGUGGGCUUGUUCAUUCGGAGGGCUUGGCCGCCAACCAUCAGCCUACAGUGGGAAAUGCGGCUGUCUUUCCUUGGGAUGAAUUACAAUGA